AUGGCGGCAAGAGAGUCGGGUAGAGUUAAAGAUGGAGUCAAAAGCAGGGUCCUCGACGAUGCUGCAAGGAAGCGCAGAGCCAGAAAGGCAGUGGAAGCACUUGAGCAAGACAACUUCCAUGAGGACCCACACGCCGACCUGGUUAUGUCAAAGAAAAUACCCAAAUUUGCUGAUUCUAAUGAAAAACCAACUAGAAAAGGGAAGAAGGCAAGGAGUGCAGAUUAUUAUAAAAUGAGGUUUAGGAAAUCCUUUGCUCAAUUGGUUGAGGAAGAUGCUAAUUUUAGACCUGAACCUCCCAAUUAUUUGUCGGCACAAGCACCUCCAUCAAAAUUUCCUGACCGCCACUUCUGUGCUGUUUGCGGAUUUCUAUCGAACUAUACGUGCAUUCCGUGUGGAGCGCGAUAUUGCUCGGUCCGAUGUCUGGGCACUCAUUUAGAUACGAGGUGUCUGAAAUGGACUGCUUAGUUCCACGUACGUUUUCCUUACUUGUUCUAGCUUCUAAGAUUCCAAUAUCUAAUAAAUAAGUUUGUAAUAAUAAAUAAAGUAUUACUUACAGAAUAACAAA